UAUCUAUUAUCCGAGUUUAAAGGGAAAGGAAUUAAUCCAUCUAUUCUAUUUGAGCACCCUCGCUUACCUUCUUCCCUGGGAUACAAUUAUUUUAUCUAAGCAAACCAUUGGUCUUCCCCUCUCUCUUUAUAUCCUCUGCGCUCCCAUCUCCUUUUCAUCUCCACCAAAACCAUUUCAUAUUCUUGUCGCUCUUUCUUCUCAUGGCUCAAGACAACGAGUAUAUCAGAUAUGAAGAGGAAUUUAUAACGAUUCCCCGUGGAUUGGAGCUCUUUACCUGCAGAUGGCUUCCGAAGAACAAAGAACCGAAGGCCUUAAUCUUUUUAUGUCACGGAUAUGGGGUGGAAUGCAGCAUAUAUAUGAAAGAGACGGGAACUCGAUUGGCGAAGGCAGGCUAUGCAGUUUAUGGAUUAGACAACGAGGGUCAUGGGAAAUCUUCUGGAUUGCAAGGCUAUGUACCAAGCUUUAAUGCCCUCGUCGACGAUUGCUCUAACUAUUUUAUGAGCAUUUGUGAGAGGCAGGAGAAUAAGAUGAAGCAACGGUUUCUUCUUGGCGAGUCCAUGGGAGGAGCAAUGGUCCUUCUCCUCCAUAGAAAAGAGCCGACCUUUUGGAAUGGUGCCAUUUUGGUCGCUCCCAUGUGCAAGAUUGCUGAUGAAAUGAAGCCUCACCCAUUGGUGGUCAGCGUUUUGACGAAGUUGAGUAACAUCAUACCAAAGUGGAAGAUAGUCCCCACGCAAGAUAUUAUCGAUGUUGCCUUCAAAAAUCCUGAGAAAAGAGAGGAGAUUCGAUCAAAUCCUUAUUGCUACAAGGGAAAACCCCGCGUAAAAACGGCCGUUGAGCUUCUCCUGGCCAGCCUAGAUAUUGAAAAGAACCUACACCAGGUUUCACUGCCAUUCUUGAUCGUGCAUGGUGGAGAUGAUAUCGUAACCGAUCCAUCGGUGAGCAAAUUACUCUAUGAAUCAGCCUUAAGCAAGGACAAAACAUUCAAGCUGUACCCUGGAAUGUGGCACGGUCUCACCUCAGGCGAACCACCUGAAAACAUUGAGCUUGUGUUUGCUGAUAUUGUGGCUUGGCUAGAUGAGAGAGCACCUAUAGGAGACUCGAGAUCGGAGAUCGAGCAAAAAUCGAAGCAUGAUGCGCAUUUCUCAGAGAUGCAAGGUAAGAAGAUGCUUGAAGAUGCACAACAAAUAGAGGUGCCACGUUAAUGAUGGCAGAUAGAUGGUUAUGAUUCACUAGAAAGAUGGACUCCUAUGUUUGAAGUGGUUUUUUGCUGGAUUUUGUCAAAUGGAUUGUGAUGUAUAGCAAUAUCUUGCCCUUAAAAAAGGACUUCUGCAUGGCCCUUUCCAAGGUAGAGACAUGGAAGGGGGAUGUACAUAGCUCUGGAGAAAUAAAGUUCCCUGGGGACUCUCUGGUGAUAAGUUUGCUUUAUUGGAUUAAGCAUUGAUAUAGACAAGUUUGGGUCAGCUAGCAUGUGAUGUCCCGUCCAUUUCCGGGGAAACCGUAGAAUGCCAAUUUUCUUCUCUUUUUUUUCCAUUGAACAGUGACAACAAUCAAAUUGAAAGAUUCCCGACCUUGUUCCA